AUGCCCGGUCGUCCAUUAAGAACGUAUCAGCGAAAACAAAAAAAUUCACAGCCAGUGAUAACCUCGACAAUAGUGAAAGCACCAAUUCCCAUUGAUCCAUACACAAGCAGUGAAAAUGAUGAUGAUGGUAAUGAUGAUGAUGAUGAUGAUGAUUUACAAAAUGACAUUGCAAAAAACACUGUCAAUCCAUUUGAGACAACAUUUGACAGAAUUGCCAAAGACGUGAAAACAUUACGUAAAAAAGAAACGAAACAAACUUCAAAAAAAAAUAUCAAUAAAAAAAUAAAAAAAAGCACUCAUGAAGAUAAAAAAAUUAAAAAAUGUAAUAUUGAAUUGAUAAGAUUAGAAAAUGAAUCAAGUUUUAUUAGCAAUAAAUCAAUUGAAUCAUCAGCAGCAAUAAAUUCAAGUACAAAAAAUCCAAGUGUAAAGAUUAAUAGUAUUAAAAAGAAAAUUAAUUCACCACAAAAACGUGAAUCAAAUAUUUCUAAAAUGAGCAAUAAAAAUAAAGCUGUUACUUUGAAAGAAAUUAAUAAAAAAAAUACUAAUGAAACAAGUGUUCUUGGUGAUGCAACAAAUAAUGUUUUUCCAUUAUUAAAAAAUUGUUUUGUCAAUGUUGUACGAUUAGACACUCAAAAAAAUUUACAUGAUAAUUCUUCUUUGAAAAAUGAAGAAAAUAUUGAUGAUUCAAAUAAAUACCUAUUACCUCAUGAUUUGACAUUGAGUAAAGUCAAUACCAAUAGUAGAAUUAAAUUAAUUAAACCAAAAAAAUGUCAUGUUAGUUUAGUAAGAAUUGACACAACAUUAAAAGCUGUAAAUAAAGAAAUUGAUAUUGAUGAUAAUCAUUUAAAUGUUGAUGAUAAUAUGACAACAAAUGAUCAGACAUUUUUAAGUAGUACUCCUCUACAUAAUCGAAUGAAAAAACGACAAACAAGACCAAAAUUAUCACCUAUUAAUACUAAUACAAAUGGCAAUAAUAAAUUGGAUAAUUUAAAAAAUGAAAAACAAGCUCAAUCAUCAUUUCCAUUGGUAAUAAAAGAAAGAAAAAAAUUAAAAGCAAAUAAAGGUAAAAAAACAACACUCAGAGAUUUAAUAAGUUAUGAUAAUAAUGAUGUUGAUGAAGAUGUUAGUACGAUUAAUUUAGCAUUAAAAUUAGCUAGAAAAUCAUAUGAUUUAUCAGAAUUAAAAGAAACUUCUUUAUAUCAAAAAAGUCCUGUUAAAGAAAUUAUAAAUCGUGAUAAUAAUAUUAAUUUAGCUAAGAGAAUUAUAACAACACCAUUGAGUGUAUCAAUUGAUGAUGCAAGAUCACCUUUAUUAUUUGAUGAUUCAUCUUACGGUGAUAAUAAUGACCAAGAGCCUGGUUCAGUUUUGGAAUCAUCAGACUCAAUGGAAUCAUUGAGAUUACCUUCGAGUCCUGAUACAAAAAUAAUUAGCAGAAAUGAACAAGAAAUAAAAGAUACAAGUGAUGUAACAAAAAGUCAAGAAAUAAUACAGCAAGAUGAAAGUAAAUAUGAACAAAAUGAAGAUGAAGAGAUUGAAAAUACAACUGGGACACAAAAUGUUGAUGAUGAUAGUGAAAAAGAAGAACAAGAAAAAACAGAAUCAAUGCACGAAAUUGAAGACAUUGAAACAGAUAUGAUUGAAGAGUUAGAAAAAGGUUUUGAUGUCACAAAAAAAGUAGCACAAUCAAAUGAAACUAUUGAUGAUAAAGAAUAUGAAGAAAGUGUAACUGAAUUGAUUCAAAGUGAUGUGGAAAGUGAUAAAGAACGAGUCACUGAUGUGUUUAUCAAUGAAGAAAAAAAUGAUGAAAAACAAUAUCAAAUUAAUGAAGAGAGUAAUAAUGAUAAUGAUGAAUCAUUAGGCUUAGAAAAUACCGAAAAUUUAUCAUACAAUAAUGAAAUUACUGUUGACAAUACUCAUGAUUAUUCAUCAGAAAUAAAUAACACUGAUAAUUUAUCAGCAGUGCCAUUGGAAAGUUCUCAAAAACAAUAUCAAAUUAACGAAGAGAGUGAUAAUGAUGAAGAUGAUGAAUCAUUAGGCUUAGAAAAUACCGAAAAUUCAUCAUACAAUAAUGAAAAUACUGUUGCCAAUACUCAUGAUUAUUCAUCAGAAAUAAAUAACACUGAUAAUUUAUCAGCAGUGCCAUUAGAAAGUUCUCAAGAUUAUCCAAAUGAAAGUGAUGAUGUAUUAUCAUCAAUGAAAAAUAUCACGAACCAAUCAUCAGCAUUAAUUAACAGUGCUGGUUCAUUAGCGUUGAAUAAUACUCACCCCUUGUCUCUAACUGAUCAUGAAUAUUUUUCAACAACAAAUAAUACACAAGAUUUAUUAUCAACAAACAACAGCAGUGAUUCAAUACAAUCAGAUAGCUCUCAAGAUUUGCCAAUUGAGUAUGACGAAACAUCAUCAACAUCAACAGUAAUGAAUCUUAGAAAUUCAUACUCAAGAAUGAAUGAUUUUGAUGAUUUAUUAAAACAAUCACCUGUUAAAACAACUGACCAAUCACAUGAUGAAACAUUUGAUAAAUCAUUUGAUGAAAAUAUCAAUGACACAACAGCAAAUGAAUCAUACAAUAAUAUAAUAAAUCUAGAUAAUGAUGAAGAUGAUAAUAAUGUCAGUAGGUUAAAGAAAAAUACAUCAAAAAAAUUAUUAAUUAAAAAAUAUAAUUCAUUUGAGGAAGAUGAUAUAAUUGUAAGUGAAGUUAAAAAUAAAAAAUUCAUAAAAAUAAGAAAUUAUUCAAAUGAAGAAAUAAUGGAAUUAAGUAAAAAUAAAUCAAAAUUUAAUGAUGAAUCAAAUCAUGAUAAUACAAUGAAAGAUAAAACUAAAAAAUCACCAACUAAAAGUCCAAUUAAUUCGUAUGCAUUUGACCUGGGUCUAAAUGCAAGCAAUGAAAAUAUAUACGAUGAAGUAUUUGAAGAAAAUAAUGAAAAUACUAGUGAAUUAAAUAAAACAAAAAAAUCAUCAAUAAAAAUAAAUGAUAAAUCAGCUGAGAAAGAAUUAAAAAAAAAUAAAAAAUCAAUAAAGUUUUCAGUAAAAAUAAAUGAUACUCCAAAUGAGGAAGAAAUAAAUAAAAAUAGAAAUAAAUCAUCAAUAAAAUUAGCUAAUGUAGAUGUUGAAAAUAAUGAAUUAAAUAAAAGUGUUGAUGUAAAAUCAUUGAAUAAAUUAAAUAACACAACAUCAGAAAAAUUACCAAUUGUGCUUUUAGAAAGGUUGAAUGAUUCAGUUAGAAUAUCAAACAGAAAAAGAGAUAAUCCACGAAAUAAAAAAUCUGUAUACUUUAAAAUGCCUGAAGAAGAUGAAGAUAAAAUUGACAAUGUAAAUGACAUAGUGUCUAUUGAAGAAGUUCAAGAAAUAGAUCAAGACAAUGAUGAUAAUGAUUGUAAAGUAUUGUAUUUAAAACCUGGUAAACAAUGGGCAAGAUCAUUAUCAAUAUUAAAUCAAAUAAAUAAUAAAAAACAGGAUAUUAACAAAAUGGGUUUUGGCAAAGGAAAAAAAUGGAGACAAAGUGUUGUUGAUGUUUAUAAUAUGCAGAAUGAACACAGAAUGAGUACAAUAAAAAAAUCAGCAGAUGAUAUAUUUACAAGUAGAAAAAUGAUUGAAUCAUUGAAUGAAGAUGAUGAGGAUGAUGAAGAAGAUGAUGUUGAUGAUGAUGAUGAUGAUAAUAAUACCAAGUGUCUCCCUGACUCAUCAAAUAAAUAUAAAAAAUUAUCAACUUUAAAUAAAAGAAAAACAUCUGUUAUUUUACAACCAAGAAGAACAACAAUUUAUAAUCCUCGUGUUACAAAUAUUGAUACAAAUACAAUUAUUCCAAAUUCACCAAGAAAAGCACGUGAAAUUGUAUUUAAACGUUGUCAACAAGAUGAUUUCAUACCAAUAUCAACAUGUUAUACAGAUAAUUAUAUUAAAAAUUGUCGUAAAAUUGGUGAAGGUGUUUAUGGUGAAGUAUUUAUUUAUAAUAAUAAAAAUGAUACAUCUGUUAUUAAAAUAAUACCAAUUGAAGGAAAUAAAUUAGUUAAUGGUGAACCACAAAAAAAAUAUAAUGAAAUAUUAUCAGAAAUAAUAAUUGCUGAAGAAUUACAUAAAUUAAGAUUUAAUGAUAAUUAUAAAACAAGUGGUUUUUGUGAAGUUAAAAGUAUUAAAUGUUUAAUUGGUAAAUAUCCAAAUAAAUUAAUUGAUUUAUGGAAUAAAUAUGAUGAAGAAAAAACAUCUGAAAAUGAUUGUCCAAGUAUGUUUACUGAUGAACAAUUAUAUAUAUCACUUGAACUUGGUAAUGGUGGACAAGAUUUAGAAGCUUUUAUAUUUCAAAAUGCAACUGAGGCAUUAUCUGUAUUUAUACAAAUUGCAUUGACUCUAGCAGUUGGUGAAAAAUCAUUAAAUUUUGAACAUCGUGAUAUGCACUGGGGUAAUAUAUUAAUUUCAAAAACAAAAGAAACAAUUAUGUAUUAUAAAUUUGAUGAUGAAGAGUUUCAAUAUUCAUGUCAAGGAAUUAAAGUAUCAAUUAUUGAUUUUACAUUAUCAAGAAUAACUCACAAAGGAUGCAGUAUGUACAAUGAUCUAUCACUUGAUCCAUCAUUAUUCACAGCUGUUGGUGAAUAUCAAUUUGAUGUUUACAGAUUAAUGAAAGCUAAACUUGAAAAUGAUUGGAAAAGAUAUGAACCAAGUACAAAUAUUCUUUGGCUACAUUAUACUCUUGAUAAAAUGUUAACAGCUGUUCGUUAUAAAAAAUCAACAACUAAAGUUCAUAAAAAAGCUAUUGAAAAAAUUCAACAAUUAAAAGAUCAAAUAUUAAAUUAUGAAAGUUCAUAUCAUUUUAUAACUGAAUAUAAUUUAAUGGGUCUAAAACGUUUUCAUGUUUAAUACUUAAUAUCUGUAAAUUAAAAUAUAUAAUCAAGUUAUUUUGCAAUUAUCUUAGCUGUAUUUUAGUGGUUUAAAAAAAAAAUAAAAAUCAAUUAAAUAACUCAUUACACAUUGCCACUUGAACAAGCUAAAAUAGUGCAAGUCUCAUUUUCAUCAAAAUAAGAUACAAAAGUACAAAAUAUAUAUUUUUUAUAAGAAAAAAAAAAAAUAAUAAUAAUAGUUUAUUAUUAAUUUAGUAUUUUUGUAAAUUAUUAAAAACUUUUUCUUUUUUUACUGAAAUGAUAUCAGUUUAAAUAAUAAAUAAACAUUUAUAGAAAUUAUA